GAAACCGAGCAUAAAAAAAUAAUAAUUUCCCCAAGCAUGUAAAUGAAUGCAGUUUAGUGCGAGGGGGCGGAGUCUGGCUGGCUGGCGCGUGACGUCAGCACUUCCUGCUCGCGCAGGUAUCUCGGUAUCGGACACACCUCACCUGUAGAUCGGGAUCUGACUGCCGCAGUUUAACUCAGAAUCGACGACGCAUUUCCAUCGAAACGCUUUAAACGACGCUUUAUGUCUGGCUAACGAGGAGUUACACCGUCUUGGAGGAGACGAACACUUGUAGAGCUGUUUAACAGAUUGGUUUUGAAUAGUUUAUACAGGCUUCUGUUCAUUCAGAGAAUGACUCCGGCUCGGCUCUGGUUCUUCUGGACCGCGGUGGUUUUGCACAUCUGUCUCCAAGUGGCUCCAUCAGAGGCUCAGGAUGAAGGGAAGUGCAUGGAUAAGUUCAGUCUUGGCAAAGAAGAUUUUGUGUUGGACGCAGAUGAAUCUGUGAAGGAAGGGGGCACGUUCCUGUCUUCUCCUCGAGUGUCUCGGCCUGAAGACUGUGUUCUGGCCUGCUGUAAUGAUCCGAACUGUAAUCUGGCUUUUAUAGAACAUGGAGAAAAUCCCAAAAGCAUCAGCUCGUGCUUCAUCUUCAACUGUCUUUACAAACAAAAGAAAGUCUGCCGCUUUGUGAGGAAGAAUGGCUUCAGGAACUACGUUCUAAUAUCAGUUUUUAAAGAUUACCUUGAGCAAAAAAAUUCAGACGUGGAGGACAAACCUCCAGUCGCUGUCGCCGGGCAGGACAGAGUCGUUCAGCCCAAAGAAGAUGUGACUCUGAACGGCAUUGAGAGCAAAGAUGAUAAAAAGAUCGUAAAAUAUGAGUGGGUACAGGUGUCUGGAGACCCGUCUGCAGUUGUGACGAAAGGGCAUUUUGAGGAUUCAGUGACAGUCUCCAAUCUUUCUCCGGGGAUGUAUAAGUUCAGACUCACGGUCACAGAUGACGCUGGUCAGACAGGAUCAGCCGAAGUGUCCAUUUUGGUCCUAACACCAGAACAGUCACUCCAUCACUGUCUGGUGCCGAAGAAGGAGGGUCCGUGUCGAGGCUCUUUUCCUCGCUGGCACUACAACGCCGUCACGGAGAAAUGUGAGCAGUUCAAGUUUGGAGGCUGCAGACCAAACCGCAACAACUACCUGGCGCUCAACGAAUGCAUGAACGCUUGCGACGGAGUUUCAGCUUCUGCUAAACCCCCGUCUGGAAGAUUAGGUCCGAUCUACGCUGAGGAGUGUGACGCGGCUUGCGGUCCGGAUCAUUUCUCGUGUUCGAAUAGAUGCUGCAUUCAGAAAGGGCUGGAGUGUGACGGGGAAGCGCAGUGCGGCGACGGCUCGGACGAGGCGGAGUGCUCCAAACUGGACACUGAGUUUCGUCGAUUGCUGAAUAUUCCUGUGGACAAAAGCAAAGUUCAUUGCGUGGAGCCACCAGUAACGGGAUCCUGCCGUGCAAGCUUCACUAACUGGUAUUACAAUCCAUAUGACGGGAGCUGUCACCGCUUUAACUACGGCGGCUGUGAUGGGAAUGAAAACCGCUUCAAAACGGAGGAGGAGUGCAUGGGGUCGUGCAAUGGAGUGACUGAGUCGGACGUGUUUGCCAGGCGAGCUCAGUUUCAGAAGCUAGAAGGCUCGAGCGAAACCGCUGCAAUCGUGAUCGCCAUCAUCCUGGGCCUCGCCAUCGCCGUCCUGCUGGUUGUUAUCGCAUGCUGCCUCCUGAAGGGGAAGAAGAAGCGCAGAAACACACAUCAGCACGUGGCCGUGAACGGCGGACACGUGCGCACCUACGAGGAUUCAGAGAAACUCGUCUACAACAGCACAACCAAACCCAUCUGAGCAGUAACUCGGUUUAACCGGACAUCUAACCGCGCUGCUCGAGCGCGACGUGAAACAUGAAUUUGUACAUGCAAUAAUUAUUAGAUUUCUUCACUUGUUUUGAGCAGACCGGCUGGUAACUGCAGAAAGGUCAUUUCAUUCGCUUGUUUUGAGUUCGAAACAACUUUUAUUACCAGCGGCUUUUUCACUUCUCUUAUUUCUGUCCUUUGAUUUAUAUAUUAGUUUGUUGGAUUUCGCUCAGGGGUGAAUAUGUGUCGGAUAAUAAAGCCAGUUUUUAUGAGCACAAAUAACUAAAUCACGAUUCUUGAGCCAUGUACUUUUAUUUUGCAAUACAGCUGUGCGAAGACUGGAUUGUUUUUGUUUUUAUUUGAUACGCUGCCUCUCGUCAGUUAAUUUUAAAGGCGUGUAAACAUUGCAUUACUAUCUAGAAAUUAGUUUAAUAUUUUAGUUUGAGAUGUGAGGUAUUGAUUUAUGGUUUUUUGUUGUGUAUACUCUUUAAUUAGCUACAUUAGGAGUUUUAAUUACAUUUUUGUUUUUAUGUUCUUUUUUUUUUAUGACUAUAUAUAGUUUCGUUUUUUUAGUAAACGGAUUCAGAAAUGACAUUUAUGGUGAAAAAUCAUACCCCCAUACUGCAAACUUGUACAUAGACUUUUUUUUUGUUUGUUUUUUUGUUUUUUAAGUGUAUUAAAAACUUGCCUGAUGUGUAAACUGUUAAUCAUGGACAGUCUCAAUAAAACUAAUAUGUACAGACUGUG